AUGGCGACAAGCGGCCACGUUGCAAAGACCAUUGAUGGUGUAAUCAUAACAGGUCUUGGUGAUGUCUGUGAAGAUCAUAUUAAUGGACUUGGACGGCGUAACUGCUAUGGUCCUAAGAAGACGCCUGAGACCAGUGGUAUUGAUGCCCAGGUUUAUGGGUUUGCAAACCAGAUGCAUGCGUCCACGCCUUUGAGAUGCUCCUUCACAGACUCAGGAUACGGCGCUGUCCAGUCGGUGAGGAUAACAGACUGCAGCUUGGAUAUGUCCGCGUCGGGCCCAGCACUCUCAGGUGCUUUGAACAGGCGCCACCACGGAGGUAACAGCUUGAUUGCGGAGAGCCAGACGUGUGACCUCUGUUCCAACAAAUCAGGUAACACCUGUCACUAUUUUCAUAUUCGAUUUUCGGGUCUUGGGUCUCUUAUGGAUUUCUCGUAUAGCGCAAAUGGUGAAGUUAAGGAAAAGAAUGGGUUCUUCCUUUUCUCCCCCCAACUUAACCUUGCUGCCGCGCCACGAGGGGAGAUGACUCGACCACAGGACAUUGAACUUACAGUGAAGGGCAGCGGAAUUGUUCAUAAAGUAGUGGAACUUUGGAUUUUGUCAGGGGUACCUUGGUUGGGAGAUUUGGAAGGUUGCAUAUGA